AUGCCCAAGGACGCAGCUCCCGAAGUGAUGCCUGAGCUUGGUGCUCAGCGCCUCUUCUCGCUUGAUGGAAAGAUCGCCCUUGUCACCGGUGGUGGCACGGGUAUUGGCAAGAUGAUCGCCGCCACCUAUAUCCGCAACGGUGCCAAGGUCUACAUUGCCAGUCGCAAGCUCUCUGAUCUGCAGAACGUGGCCAAGCAGCUCAGUAAGCUCGCUCCCAGCGAUCCCGAGGGUAAAAAAGGUCUCUGUGUAGCGCUUCAGGCCGAUGUGGGCAGCAAGGCAGGUUGUGAUGCGCUCGCUGACCAGGUCAAAAAGGCCGAGUCCAGACUCGACAUCCUGGUCAACAACUCGGGUCUCACUUGGGGCGCACCCAUGGACAAUUUCCCAGAGGACAAGGGUUGGAAUAAGGUAUUCGACCUCAACGUCAAGAGUCAGUUCUACCUCACAGUGGCGCUGCUGCCGUUGCUCGAAAAGGGCAAGAGCAAUACCGAGCAUGCCACCGUGCUCAACAUUGCCUCUACCGCUGCUAUCGUUCCUCUCGCCGAAGCUGGUCUGUCUGCCCCCGGGCACGGUACCUACUCCUACCAACCGUCAAAGGCCGCAUCGCUGCACCUUACCAAAGUGCUCGCCAACUCGCUCGCUGACAAAUUCAUCAUGGUCAACGCCAUCUGCCCCGGCGUCUUCCCUUCGCGCAUGACUGCAUACGGUCUCGAGGAGAACCGCGACCUGCUCGAAGGUGUCCAACCCACCGGCCGUAUUGGUACGCCCGAGGACAUUGGUGGUGUCGCCAUGUUCUUCGCUUCUCGUGCAGGUGCUCACUGCACCGGUACCGGCAUCGUUGUCGAUGGUGGCCAGAGCAUCCAGUUCCAGCCUCGUCUGUAA